AUGCCGCAAGUGGGACGCGACGGCAAUAUCAUUGUUGCUGCCGCUGCGCUGCGAACGCUGGAUUACGGCUUUAUCAGUGUCUUUCUGGGCGUUUACCUGACGCUGCUGGACUUCAGCGCGCUGCAGGCGGGGCUUGUGUUCAGCGCGAUAAUGGCUGGAAGCGCGCUUUCCAACACGCUGGCAAGCUGGAAGGGCGACACCAUCGGGCGCAAGCGGAUGUUCAUUGCAAUGUCGCUGCUGAUGGUCGCGGGCGGGGUGGGCUUCUCGAUUUCCUCAGACAUUGUGGUUCUGAUGUUGGUCGGCGUGUUCGCGGUGACGACUUCCGGGGGCGGCGACCGCACGGCCUUUAUAUCACUGGAUACUGCCGUGCUGGCAGAAGCUACCGCGCCGUCGCAGCGCACGGUGGUGUUUAGCUGGUAUAACCUUGUGACUAUCUUUACGCGGUCGCUGGGGGCUCUGCUGAUUGCGCUGCCUGUGCUGUUUCAGCAGUGGACGGAUAUUGGCGAACUGGCGUCAUUCAAGCUGAUGUUCGUUAUAUACACCGUCAUUGCCGCUGGCGCUAUUCUGCUGUACGCACGCCUGUCGCCGCGCAUCGAAGUGCAAGGGAAGGCGGUUUCUGCGAGCAGGGAGAGCGUUCCCGCUGGGGCUCCGUCUGCUCGCGGUAUUAUAUGGAAGAUGACCGGACUGUCGGCGCUGGACGCGUUGGGCGGUGGGUUCGCAGUUCGCAGUUUUGUAUCAUUCUGGUUCGUGAACCGCUUCGGCGUUGACCUGCUCGGCAUAUCGGGCAUCUUCUUUGUGGCACAGCUACUUAAUGUGGUGUCGGUUGCGCUUGCUGCGCCGGUGGCUGCGCGCAUAGGGCUUGUGAACACGAUGGCAUUCACGCAGGUUGCUGCGAACCUAAUGUUCAUCGGGAUGGCGCUUUCGUUCAAUGUGUGGCUGGCGGUGGCGUUCUUUCUGCUGCACGAGAUAUGCAAUGACAUGGAUGUACCCACGCGCCAGUCGUACACUAUGGCAAUCGUGCCCGCGGAGUCGAGGACUGCGAUGGCUAGUCUGAAUAACCUUGGGCGCAAUGCGGCGCAGACAAUCAGUCCUACUUUGGCGGGGAUUAUCGCGCAGGUGGCGUAUCUGGGUGCGCCCUUUCUGGUCGGCGCUGUUACGAAGCUUGUUUACAACGCCCUGCUGUUGCAGAUGUUUCGCGGAAUAAAGCCGCCCGAGGAGCAUGGCGAAAGGGGCUGA